GGACAACUGACUCCGCUAGGAUGUUAGAGAGAUAUAGUGUUCCCGCCAAGUCGUUCAUCUCAUCAAGAUGGGAUAUUAAUCCGAGAGCUGCUGCAGUGAGAGUCUUCAUAAACAUAAAUAUGACGAUCUUCUGGUCAAUGCCGUACCGUGUCCUCUGUGAGUUUCAGCCCUGAGUUCUUUCACUAGCGGCUCCUUUUGAGUUUCAGCCCUGAGCUCUUUGAUCAGCGGUUUUCAACAUCAAUCCUAAGUUGAGGAAAGAGUUUCGACCCUGAGCUCUUGAUCAGCGGUUUUCCAAGUAGUUUCGACCCUGAGCUCUUGAUCAGCGGUUCUUUGAGUAGCUUCGGCCCUGAGCUCUUGAUCAGCGGUUUUCUGAGUAGUUUCGGCCCUGAGCUCCUGAUCAGCGGCUCUUCACAAAAAUGCAAAUGUUGUUUCUGUCACAAAAUUUUCGAAUUUGGUAUUGGUUCUGGUUCUAGUAGUUAUUAACAGGUAGCUUUUAUUUUCUUUGUUGUAGUUUCCGUUGCGCUUGCUUUCCUUCACUCCAUUAAGUUAUAUUUGAAGAAACGGCACACGAAUAUUCGAAGAUGGCCAGCUUUUUGAUGUAAAUGGUUGUUGUACUUGUAUUCGUCGUUGUAUUAGUAUUUGAAUUCAAUUUCAAAACAUGUAGAACUCACGAAGAAAUCAAUUAUAAGAAUAGCGCCAAUAUCCCUAGAGCGCCUACUUCUAGUCUCUGAUCGAUGCACAAGUAGCAAAGAAUUUAUGGUUGAUAGAAAUGACUACUUUCUUUUUAAUGUAGUUGGUUUCUUUCCGCUAAAUAGAAAAGACCCACCAUGACGAUUAGUACGUGUGACAAUUGCGGCGGGCGCGGACACUUCGCUAGAGAGUGUCCGUCCAAAAAGCUGUGUGGGAUAUGUGGUUCGGACAGACAUUUAAGAGCCGACUGCGACAAGAGGGACAAGACUUGCGACUUGUGCGGAAAAAUUGGCCAUCUCAGAAUAAAAUGCUGGGCAGCAGCAGCAGCAGGGCUUGUACGUGGUGCCGAUACUACACAAGCUAGAGGACGUGCUGGUGCACGUCGUGGUUCAGAGCUAAAAGGUGGACGUUGGGAGACGAAAGUUAAGGCAUGAAACUUGAAGGAGGUUCAUUUGUAGACCAAGCCAACAUGGUGGACAGGAAUAUAAGCAAAAGAAUGCUGCAAGUCUGGUGGGAUGAAAAUACAACCAACUUUUAAUUUCCGACCAACGGUCAUUAGUUUUAGUUGAACUUCACUCUCUAAUAGUAGUCUAGUAGAGGUAAGUAUUGGUAUUCUCAUCUCUCUAAAACCAGCAGAGGUAAAUAUUCUUCAAGGGACCGGCACCGGAGAAGAAGCAGGAGCGGGAGUAGCAGAGAGUUCUCACCUUUUCCGAGAAAGGGAGCAGGUACAUUACGACGAAGGCUUAGCGACCAUCUUGUUCUGGAAAUCAUUUUUUAGCGAAGUACGGUUGCAGUUCUCUACUUGUGAUCUAGUUUGGUAGAACGAUGUAUGUCAAGCGGACUAUUAUGACCCUAAAAGUUCCUGUAUUUUGAUGAGUCCCGUCCUCUAAUCUAACCUAGACUAACCUAACCUAGCCUAACCUAGUCUAACCUAGCCUAACCUAGCCUAGCCUAACCUACCCUACCUUGCCUAGCCUACCCUAGCCUAAUCUAGCCUAACCUAGCCCAACCUUUCCUAACCUCACUUCACCUCGCCUAACCUAGCCGAACCUAACCUAACCUAACCUAACCUAACCUCCUUCGUCGCAUUCUACGCCUUAUCACAACCAAUCUAUCGCAUAUCUUGAUCAGGCAAAUCAUCCGCUGACGAGGCAUGUUUUGUAUGUGGAAGAGGAGGGCAUUGGGCACGGGAAUGUCCUACAAAGGGUGCUCCUUGGAGACCAGCAACUUUCUCAGGCAAAAAGGGAGCCGGGAAAAGCGAUGCGGUACUUAGCAUCAAGAUUCUAGAAUGGGAAUAGAAAUAGGCUCUAGAAGAAGUACCCCUUUCAUUCAAAUGUAUUGUCAUUCAAAUGUAUUGUGACCGAAUUUCAUCCCAGUAAUAUUACAAGAGCUACUUGCUGUCUUACACUAACCAAGGUCUGCCGCAAUUGUGGUCAAAAAGGGCAUGAUGGUUCCCAGUGUCCGCAGCAGAAAGAGUGUUAUCGCUGUGGAGACUAUGAUCAUGUUUCAGCCCAAUGUCCAGCGAAAGAGAAGAAUUGCGACGCAUGCGGCAAACAGGGUCAUCUUAGGAGAAAAUGUGACCAGAAUCUAGUCUUGUGUGUGGAGGCGAGGUGAGGCGAGGAUGUUGGACACCCACUUGUCUCUAUCGCAACUUCCACGUUAUCAAACAUCGCAAGUCUCGCAGUGAUGUAGCCAUAUUCCCACUCCUCUAGUAUUUUCUGCCCGCCUUUAACUUGGGAUCAUUCAAAAUGGGGUUCAUCUUCUAUACACAGCUUCGAUAAAGAAUUUACUCUAGAACUCUACAGAAAUAAGUAAGUCAACACUACUGAUUAUUCUCGAUGUCUCUACAGCUAUAUUUCGCUCCAACGCAAGUGGCGCAAAGUAGCACCAGAACCGAUGAUGUGAAAAAUCACUUCCGCUAACCCUAGCACACGCACACACAACGAACGAUAGGAUGAAUACUUCUGGUUUUGCGCAACCCGCAUCAUAUUCAAAAAUUGAACGACUUUUUUAUCAUUCUGAUUGCGAAGCAAGCAGCAGUUAUCUUGCUCAAAUCUCC